AUGGAUCAACCGACGGAGAGGCGAAGCGAAGUCUCCUGCCGCUGCCGGUUAUCUACAUUAGCCGUGAUUGAGCCUGAAACUGAGUUGCCAUGUACCCAAUUCUUGAUCACUGUCAAGUCCACGACAUUUACUUUUAAUCACGCCUCGGAUGAAGAAAACGACGCCGUUUCACCGCCCACUUCAGAAUACUACUCGCACGAGCUCCAACUUGACCUACUGAUGGACGAAAAUGCGUCGAGGGCAACGCUCGCCGAGGCUCUGCUUUCCGAGCUGCAUUGCCCGCCGGAGAUCUGCGCAGCCAUGGUGGAUAAGGUAGCAAACGGCGCCGUUGCGGAAGAGGCUGGUUCCCGCCCUUUCUCGGACUUCAUGGUCGUUCACAUCGAGGCGUGCAUCGAUGUUUUCGUCGAGCAGUUCGGGGGCUCCGAGGAGGAGGAGGCGGCCGCCCCGAAAUUCGUGCCGGCGAGCAGGGCGGCGAUUUCGAAGUUGGAGACGGCGACGGUGGAAGAAUCGGCGGUGUGCGCGGUUUGUCUGGAGGAGAUGGCCGUUGGAUCGGACUCCACGUGUAUGCCGUGCUCGCAUCUUUAUCACCGGGGCUGCAUUGUGGAGUGGCUGCAGAAGAGCAGGGUUUGCCCGAUGUGUCGGUUUUCUCUGCCUGCCGAUCUGUCGGGCCGUGGGUCGGGUCGGCAAACCGGAUCUUCUAUUUUGUUGCCCGAUUAG